AUGUGCGCGCCUUUGAGCACCAGUCCCUGCGGGACGCCCAGCGCCUGCAGUCGCCAGCCGCGGCCGCCCGGGCACUUCCCACCGAAUGCGCCCAGCGAGCCUCCCAAGGUUGUGAGCCUCGUGCACUUCGUGCCGCCGCCGCCUCCGGCAGAAGCGCCGACGCUGCGGGCGAGUGCCGAGGACGCUUUACAGCACGGCGCGCUUCCGCCGGACACGACCGACUCAGAGGACACGACCGACCGGAAACGGACGGGCGAGCCUGAGGCGGCGAACCCGGCAGAGUCACCCGCGCUGAGAUCGGCGGACUCGUUUGAAGUGAUUCGUAACGACUCGAAGGCCUCGGUGAGCUCGCGUCCAAGAUGGGCAGACCUUUUGAACGACUCGGACACCGAGGACGACUUGUGGAAUAUGAGCCGCGGCAAGGGCACCUUUUCGAGUGCGCCUGAGCCUUUGCCACGAGAGACGCUGAGCCCCCGGACCUUGAGCCCCUCACAAGAGGAGCGGCUAGAGAGCGCGGGAGGCCCCUCAAACGACGAGAAGCUAGAGAGCCUGGGAGGCCCACAAGAGGAGCAGCCAGAGAGCCUGGGAGGCCCGCAGCAGCGAAUCGAGAGCCUGGAAGGCCCACAGGAGGAGAAGAUAGAGAGCCUGGGAGGCCCCUCACAGGAGGAGCAGCUAGAGAGCCUGGGAGGCGAGAAGGUGCGCGAGUCCAUCUGGGAUUGUCAAAGUACAACGCUGUCUCAGGACUCUCUGGCACCCUCGGUGGGCAGCGUGGAGGGCAUGGAAGCUCUGGAGGAGACGCAGUGUCCGAGAGCGUGGCGGAUUCGGAAGCUUCGACGAAGAAGAAGCCUAAGAAAAAGAAGAAGAAACCGAAGAGUCAGCCUGUGGCUGAGGUGA